AUGCAGCAAGCUCGUCAGUCCCUACGGCUUACCCCCCGCGGUGUACGCGCAUCAUCGAGCGCAGUGAAUGUGGCUCCUAGAUCGCUAGGUAAAUGGGAACGUCCGCAACCGACCUCGUCGGUCGACUCUGUGCCCGCUGGACCAUCCACUCCACUACCAAAAGGCAGGAGUUGGGCGCGUCCAGAGCAACCCAGUUCUCCGUUAACCCCAAGAACGCCUGCACUGGAUAAGUGGGAGCGUCGCGAGGACAGACGCAGCAGGGAUCCAACUCCUCAGGUGUCGAGCUCCUCUAUUCUUGAGAGAGAGAGAGCUCCUCCUCCUCAUCAAGCACCCGGUUCAAGUUCUUUUCAGAGAGGGCCUGCUCCUCAUCAAGCUGGCCCUGGUCCUAGUUUACCUUCACGAGAAGCGGCUCCUCAUCAAUCCUUCAAUUUCUCUGUGUUGCCGCGGCGCCAGCAACAACGCCAGCGACCUCCCCGUGACACCAAAUGGCAGAAGAGUGGCAAUGGUGUUCCCAUCACUUCACUGGGAAAUAUUCUCCGGAAGGAUCGAAUCCAGACUGAUUUGGCCGGUGUGGAGAAAGAGAAUACCGACGAAACUCUCGAAGAAGAGGAAGGCAAAACUACCCCUUCCAUCAAUGCAGGCGAUGUAGCCGAACCUUUAGAUGCAGAUUCUGAUGUUGCGGAGUAUUCUCGUGCAGGAAUGCAUGCACGCCAUGGCUGGAAGGAGAACGGGUCUAUCGUUGCCAGAGCUAAUAACCCACAUCUUUUGCGUAUGCGACCUGGAGUUCACACACCUACGUACAAGGAAAAUAAACGGAAAGGGCUGAAGAAUGCAAAACCGGUCAAUCUCGACAUAUUCAUUCCCAGUGUGGUCACCGUAGGGAACUUGGCUAGACUUCUUAAUGUCCGUUUAGACAACCUACGGCGCAAGAUGAUGAAGGUGGGCAUGGAGGCGGAAGCGUCAUAUGAUCAUAUGCUAACGGCCGAGUAUGCAUCAUUACUGGCGAUGGAAUACGGUCGCAAUCCCGUCGUCAAUGACGAGGCAGCUUUCGAUAUAUACCCUCCAGCUGCACCAGCAGAUCCAUCGAGUCUUCCCUACAGGCCUCCGGUCGUGACCAUCAUGGGACACGUCGAUCAUGGUAAGACGACACUGCUCGACACCCUGCGAUCUACGUCUGUGGCAAAGGCCGAAGCGGGGGGUAUCACGCAGCACAUUGGCGCGUUCUCGGUCCCAGUUCCAGCCAGCAGCGGUGAGAAGGGUCAGGCAAAGACGAUCACCUUCUUGGAUACUCCCGGGCACGCUGCCUUCUCCGCAAUGCGCGCGCGAGGCGCGCGUGUAACUGACAUCGUUGUGCUGGUCGUAGCCGCAGAUGAUGGUAUCAUGCCCCAGACGCGCGAGGUCGUCGAGCUAAUCAAGAAGGACGAUACGACCGUAGUUGUCGCUAUCAACAAGGUGGACAAACCCGGAGUUGACGUAAGCAAGGUCGAGAACGCGCUGUUGGCUGAAGGCCUCCAGCUGGAGACUUUUGGUGGCGACGUUCCUUCAGUACAAGUUUCCGGUUUGACGGGCCAAGGCCUUGACCAGCUUGUGGAAACCAUCUCAUUACUCUCAGAAAUGAAAGACCUUCGAGCGGAACGCGAAGGCAAUGUGCAUGGCUACGUGAUCGAGUCGAAGCUCCAGAAGGGCCUGGGACCUGUCGCAACAGUCCUGAUAAGUCGCGGUUGCUUGACGUCAGGUGCCUAUAUCAUCUGCGGAAUGAGCAACGCGAAAGUCCGCCUACUGACUGACUCGAACGGCAAGAAUGUGAAGGCCGCUUAUCCUGGGACGGCCGUCACUGUUUCGGGGUGGAAGGAGUUGCCUCAUGCUGGUGAUGAAGUGCUGCAGGGGACCGAAUCGGAAGUCAAGAAAGCGUUAGAAAACCGUAUACGCAAAACCGAGAUGGAUGCUACGCUUGGCGAUAUGGAAGCUCUAAACGAGCAGCGUCGCUUAGAAAGAGAGCAGAAGGAAAAGGACGAGAAUGGUGACGAGGACGUGAACAAUGCGGAGGCUGGUCCUGCGAACAGCAAUGACGGUCCGAAGGAGCUGAAGUUGGUGAUCAAGGGUGAUGUCAGCGGAAGUGUGGAGGCGGUUGCUGGUGCACUCGAGGGUAUCGGGAACAAGGUCGCUCGUGUCAAGAUCGUUGCUACCGGCGUAGGGGACGUCACCGAGUCGGACGUUCUGAGGGCGAAAGCUGUGAACGGUGCUGUCGUCGCUUUUUCUGUGAACACGCCUCGCAGUGUCCAAGCCGAGGCAAAUUCUCAACAGGUCCCAGUGUUCUCCUCGGCCAUCAUCUAUCGUCUGAUGGACACCGUGAAAGAACGCGUCAUCGCGUUGCUUCCUCCCAUCAUCGAGAGGCGCGUUACUGGCGAAGCGACCGUACAGCAGAUCUUCGACAUUCAAAUGAAGGGGAGGCAAACGAAGAAAGUCGCCGGUUGUCGUAUUACAAACGGUCUGGUGGAGAAAAACAAGCUAGCUCGAGUGGUCAGGAAUGGAGACACCGUUCACGAAGGACGCCUUGAAACAAUGAAGCAACACAAAAAAGACAUUACAGAGGCGACGAAGGGGACGGAGUGUGGACUGGCUUUCGAAGGAUGGGAUGACCUUCGCGAGGGCGAUAUGAUACAGAUGUACCAGGAAAUAGAGAAACCAGGUACUUUAUAA